AUGGAGCACGACUUACUCUUUAUCGUUGAUACAUCAACUUAUCGCAGCUGCUAUCUACGCUCACUAACCGCAUCCCUGCCUGAAGUAAUUUCGAUUUCCACUCAAACUAGAUGCUUUUCACGAAUCGGGGUUCUAGCAUACCACGGCUAUCGCUGCGAUAAUGUCCUCGAGUGGUCAGGAUGGCUGAAUCAGGGCGAACAAAGACACUCGCAAGAGCAACAGCCCGAUCUAGUCGCUUUCGCCAAAAGACUCCGCGCGAACAAGAACCCCGAGCCCCAGAGCGCUAUCAAGACAGCUCUCGCAAAGGCCUGCGAAGUCAUGCGGUCGAAUGCGAAAACACUAAUCUUUCUCUACGCUGACACCCGCCCUAUUCCAAACGUGUAUUACCCUGGAGAUUUCUGCAGUGGACCGAUGGAAAAAGCUGCACUAUUGGCCCCGGGAUCUUACUCUCUGUAUGGUUUCGCAUGUAUUGAUUGGGUGUCAGCGUGCAAUGCCCUUCGAGAUGGACCGAAACAAGCACAGGUUUUUACUGUUCUCCAUAAGUUUGUGGGGGAAGCGAAUGCUGCCUGGUAUAUCUACCUGUCUACCAGGACAGACGGAGCUUGUGUGCAAGUCAAAAGCAACCUGAAGGGGGACAUUGCAAAGGUGACAGUUGAUUUGCUUCUAUCAUGGACGGAAGUGGAGAAAGGGCCUUCUUCUGUCAAGGAAGGCCAAGAGGAUUUUCUCGCAAACCUGUUACGCUAUAUCUCGGUUACUGAAAUUGACAGCAUUGAGAAUGAGCGGGAUAAAAGCACGUUUCCAUAUUUCUUGUCCGAGAUGUGGAUGAACAUGUAUGGCAAUGAGAACAUCUCUAAGGUCGAGUUGACUACGGAUGUCAUGAAAGAAUAUGUUCCCAGGAAGACCGCCCCUAUGCCAGACUUUGCCGAAGAGAUCACAUCUAUCAUCAACAGUGUCCCUGAUACAGAAAUGUACCCAUGUGCCUUCCUUGACCCUACAUUGGACUUUUCCCACAAACGGCAUGAUUAUGCAUACGAUGGGGCCAACAGGCCUGUCUCAUAUAUGACCCGAUCCGAAUUUUUGCAAAUUGGGCGAUCUUGCAACCCCGGUGUCCUUCGGCAGUUUGGUGCUAUUCUGACCAGGUUGACUGUGGUAGCAUCAGCGCGUGAGAUGCCCGACCACAUCUCCAGUACUGAUGCCGAUCAUGUGGCCAAGAUUCCAUUGGUAUUGAUAAAGGAAAAGUACAAUAGACAGUUCUGGAAAGUCCUUUUACACACCAUUGAGCCAGGAACAAAGCUGCCGGCUCGAUCUGCCGCUCUCCUUGCUGCUCUCAGUCUGCGAAUGGGAAUCGUGCCGCUGAUGAAAGUAGCAGAGCAGGAGAUGCUCGCGUUCAAAGACAAAUGGAACGACCCUUCGAUACCUCAAACAUGGACUCUUGGAUGCUUGACACUUCUCAUUGACGCUGACGAAGCACACCAGAAACAGCAAGAUAUGAGUUUGACCGACAACCGGUCCCGGAUCUUACACCCUACUGACAUCACGCUGUUUGACCGUCUGAUUACUUUCAAACGUCUAGAACAGCAUACUGAUGCUCAACUUCAAGCUAGAGUUACGCGGAUAGCAGACAAAACAAUCGCACCAGUCGGACCACUAGUGACAUGCAGAGAGUGUCAGUAUCCCCGAUCCGUGACCAUGAUGGGCGCCAAUGGAAAAUGCGGUCUUUGCCUCGGCUCGUACGAGGAGCAGAAGCACAAAUACAUUAACAGAGGAGUCUCAGUGUACACAGAUGCCACUUCCAAGGCCAUCUGGGUCGAAUGUUCCUCUCGAUCCUGCCGUGCCCAAUACGUUGUAUAUCACCCUGAUGGGUUGAGGAUGUCUCGUCCCGCGAAAUGCUAUUACUGUCGAAGCCAAGGCAGCCGGGAUAAUAGCUCGGACCACGUCACGCAGGAUGCGUCUCCUGCCCAACCGGCCUCGUUCAAAGAGUCAGAUUUCAUCUGCCCCCUGUGCACUUCGGGCUAUGACCUAACAACAACGCUCGAAGUGACGCCAUAUAAGCUAUUCACCGAGAACAAGUUCUCUUGGCUCGUCCAAGACGCCAAUGGCCAGGAAGUAUGCUUCCAGAAGGACUUCAACUCCCACAUCCGUAGCGAAUCCAUUUUUCAAAUCAUUACUAGACUGGGAAGCGAGGGCUUCCUUUCCAGAAUCAGGCUUUUCCCUUCAUCUGAACCCCAGCUACGCUACGACGGAAAGCCCAUCCAUAACUCCAAGGAACUGGUCUCAACCCUCCAGAAACUCGUCGCUGACGGCAAAACAAGUGACAAUAACUGUUCGCUGUGCUUCGACCAACCCAGAAAAGUUUACCCAGCCUGUGGGCGAGACGGCUGCCCCCAGCGAAUGUGCGCCAUCUGUCUGGAACGAUGGCACAAGUACAACUCUGCAGGCUGUGUGAUUAAUACUGAGAUGCUGGGAUGUCCAUUCUGUCGCCGAUACCCCAUCCCUCGCCUAUUGGCGAAGUAUGGGUUGUUGAUCCAUUCAGUCAAAGAUCUUGAUAAAGCAGUCCGUGAUAAGGGGAAGUUCAUUUACGCAUGGUGCUUUGAAUGCGCUACUGCCAAGGUGGUGAGGGAGCGGAGCUGUAUGCUUGGAAAACCUCUCGAAUUGAAGGGAUGGAUUUGUGAUGAGUGCCUCCGUGAGAUAUUGAGGAAAAGGAGUGUCAACGUAAGCACCGUGAUAGAAGACACAUAA